AGGCAGAGGUAGCGGUCAGGUUAUCUAUUUUUGAACCUCUGUAUACUGAACCGUUAACAGGGUUUACUGAAAUAUCAAUAUAAAUAUAUAUACAUAUAUAAAAAUCACAUUUUCAUAAAUUAAAAAGCCAGAUUGGGUUAAUUGUAAAAACUUGUAAAAGUAGACACCCUGUGAAAAAAAACAUAUUUUCUAAAUUGCUAAACAAUCAAAGCGGUUUAGGGUUUGGUUCAUACUCAGUUGAUCAUAGAGCACAGAGCUUAUCAGACCUAAGAUGAAUUUUCUACUGCUGUUUUUAAUAUCCUCCAUCGCUGCCGCCCCAGGGGAAUGGGUCGAUUCUCAAACCAAUGCUUGGACUGGUUCUCCGUCAAAUAUUGAAUAUGGACCGUGGAUACCACAAAAUAAUUACGAAAGGGACAGCAAAGGUAUUGUUGGAACACUGACAAGUAUCAUGCCAUCUACCGACACACUUAGAAAUAUUGGAAACUUCUGGGAUUGGGAUAGAUCUACAGUUUAUGAGGGAAUUUUCAAGAACGAGAACAUCAUGACUCAUGUGGGACAGAAUUUCUUCAAUUUCAUUGUGACAACUUUAGCCUGGUUUACGGUCAGCCAACUUUAUUCCUCGGGAAUUGCAGGAAAGGUUGAUGUUCCCAGAAAUGCACGUGCAAUUACAAUAAGUGAGGCUGCGGAUGAGGUUCUAUCAGCUAUUCGAGAAUUCCAGAUGAAGCAUGAAUAGUAAGAAAAUACAUUAAAGUUCAUUAACCUUCCGGGCAUUAUUAUUUCAUCGUAACUUAAAUUUAUGUAUAAAUCUGAAGCAUUCAAAUUUGUUCAAAUGUAUGUUUAAAAAAAAUAAAGAUAAUAAUUGUUA